GGGGAAAAAAACGCCAAAAAUCUUACAGGUAGCUAUAGUUGAGCAGACGACCGGGUAGAGAGCAGUGGACAGUGUGGAUGUGACUCUCCUACUCUCGUAGCUUCCCUUUCGGUGUUUCUACUGGUCGGACAGUGGCGACUGAGCUAUAAAUUAUAUCAGCUUGGAUUGCAGACUGAUCCGAAAUACAGUCAGAAAAUCAACCGAUAAAGCUGAAAAACCGGUUGGUGAAUCUGUUGAUCCCUCACAUCGAAUUACGGUGCUGACUUGUGUCAUUUUCACUUGAAAAACGUCACAGAUUUCACGUUUUCUGGCGAGGCUAUAUGUGUUUCUACCUGUGUUGACGAGUUGUUGAAAACUACUACAUCCUAGAAUUGCCUUUACUUGAAUCCCAACAUGACAUCUAGAUCUUUACCAAUGAUGUUGCUGAUGUGGCUGAUGUUCACUGUAUACGCAAGUGAUGUACAAGCGAGAACAGUACCACAACGUGACCGAGACAGCGCACAUACGCUGACCGAUCUGGAACAGGAAUCACCGACGUCAGGACUCGAUGUCCCCGGAUCAAGUGCAAAGGAAACACCGCAAGAUACCUCCGACGAUGUCCACAUCGAACGUCCGCUCGAUUACGACGAGGAUGACAACACCGGGGAGGAGAGUGAAUCGUCGUACUAUAACACGGACGACGUCCAACCCAACGACGACGAGGCGAAUGGUGGCGUGUAUGAAAGCGUGAUAUACAAUGAUGAGGCCGUGGAUGAUGUUGAUGGCGAGUCAUUUCUUCCACAGGACUCUGGAAACAAUGGUUAUAACGAGAAUGAAGAUGAUCUAGAAGAUAUUUCUAUUCUGGAAGGGAAAGAUAACGGCGACGACGAUAAUGACGACGACGAUGAUGACGAGGAUGAUGAUGGCGAAGAAGAUGGCGUCAAUGGUGAGAGCGUCGAUGGAGAGGCAUCUAAAGAAGAUGAUGACGACGACUCAACAGAAGAUGAUGAAACGAAGCCGGGCCUCAACGAUGAUCAAAUAGCUCGAUUAACAGCUGAGACAUACAUGAAAAUCAAGAUACAGUGUCUCGCUCGCGUCGUCAAGUUUCCGUUUUCUAUGCCCAAGUGUGCCACGAAUUUAUUUCCUGGGAAGAAAUCUCAGACGGUCAUGGCUGGGCUGAGGGAUGACCUUCAGCGGGCAGAAAGCACCUUCAUCAACAAAGAGGCAGAGCUUAUGAAUGAAGAAGAAGUCAAGACUGAAAUGGAAUUGAUUGAAGAGGUCCUCGAUGAAGAUCUAGAUCAAGCGAGUGAGAAAUUCGACGAUGAUGACGACGAGGACGACGACGAUGAUGAUGAUGAUGGUGACAGUCUAGAUGUCGUCCUUGGCAAGGCUGGUAAAUCCAAAGCAGUCAAGAAGGAUGCAAUAGAUGAAGACCCACUUGUACAGGAUCUCAACGAUCUCGCUUCCCUCAAAAGCAAAUCAACGAAAAAAGGCGUUAAAGAUGAAGCAGCAAAGAAGCUUCAAAAAGCAUCGUCCAAGUACAAGGCGCCCGUAGACGACGACGAUGACGACGAGAGCGUAGUCACGAAGAGCAAGAAAAAAACAAAGUCGAAAGCGACGUUGAAGAAACAGAAGGCGGAGGAAGAGGAAAAGAAGAAGCAGAUCGAAGAGGAUAGCGAUUCUGAUGACGACAGCGAUGAUACCGAUAGUGAUUCUGAUACUGAUGACGACGGUAAAAAGGAUACAGAUUCUGAUUCUGAUUCUGAUUCUGAUUCUGAUUCCGAUGAUUCUUCCGACGAUGAAGACGGCGAUGAUGACCAAGAGACGCUCAUUAAUAAGCUUUUUAACAUGGUUCAGUCUAUUAUACCCAAACCUUCCAAGUUCAAAUCUAGGACCUACUACACGAAAGACCAAAAUCAUGAUGAUGACGACGAUGAAGACAGUGACACCGACAGUGACAGUGAUAGCGAUAGCGAUGACGAGCCUCCGAGCAAAGUAAAAAGUGAUCUGAAACAAUCGAAAAAGCCCAAAUUGAAAACAGAAAAAUCUUCUGGCAAGAAAGUAGUUGAAGAUGACACCGACUCUGAUAGCGAUUCGGAUAGCGAUAGCGAUGAUAGCGACGACGACGACGAUGAUGAUUCGGACUCCGGCAGCGAUUCGGACAGUGAUACCGACAGUGAUACCGAGAGUGAUACAGACUCUGAUGAUACGGAUGAUGAUAGUGAUUCUGAUAGCGACGAUGAUAAGGUUAAAGCGAAAUCGAAGGUCAGUAAAAUGAAGAAGAAAUCGUCCUCCAAGACAGCAGAGUCUGAGAGCGAUAGUGAUAGCGAUGAUACAUCCGAUGACGACGACGAUGACAGUGACACAGACAGUGAUGAUACAUCUGAUGAGGAGGAUGACGAUGAUUCCGACGAUGACACUGAUACCGACAGUGACACCGACAGUGAUACCGAGAGCGACACAGACACUGACGACACAGAUGAAGAUAGCGAUUCUGAUAGCGACGAUGACAAAGAUACUGAUAGCGAUAGCGACAGCGAUUCUGAUGACGACGACGAUACGGUGGAAAGCAUAGUCAACGAACUCAUGUCACAACUUAAAAAGUACAAGCAAAAAUCCGGCAAAUCUUCAAGUAAAAAGACCAAGCAAUCGGGAUCCACACAACGAGGAGAUACAGAUGACGUUACGCAAGAACUAGCAAGGAUCGCCAAGCAACUCAAGAAAUUAAAACGCAAAUGAAGAAGGCGUAAAACUGUUAGAUAUUUCAGCGUUUCGCUUUAGUUACCUACUCCGUCAAAAGUUAAACAAUUUUCCAGUUUUAUAAAGUUUUCCUUAAGAGAGAAAGGCGGUCAGAGUAAGAGGAGCACAACGGGGUAGGGGUCGUGUCUCUAACAGAAUUUGCCACAUGCCCACCUCCCCGCCUCACCCCCUCCCCACCCCUUCUCUCCUGCCCCCGUUUAUAUCUUGAAAUAUUUUUCUUCUCUUUUGGGCUGUUCAUAGUUUGUAAGACAUUGUCAAGGAUUUCGGGCACAUACCUGCCUUGGGAAUAAACCUGGAUCGGUCCCUGAGAUAUAAAACUCCAUAAAAUCAGAUUAAAAAGUAGAACAUAACUAAACAUGGAUGAAAAUGGCCCAUGCAAAUGUAUGUGGAGCUAUAAGCAAAAUUGAAGAUUAAAGUUGGUCGAGUGGUCAGCUAUCUGGCUUCGCUUACAAACCGACUGUGACGGACUACAGUUCGAAACCGAGUCGUGUCUUUCAGAUGGCAAGGUCGGUCUACAAACGUACGUACCGAUAAUGAAUUUUUUACUGAUAAACUUCGACAAAGACCAUUUACACACACAGAAAAAUGACAAUCUGAUGAUCGCAUCAGUAUGACGGAGUAGGUAAUUGGAAUAGCAUUUCAUGGAAUUAGACUUGCCAAGUUUUGUAUCUUUGAUCACGACCGUCUUAUGCAAUUUUGCAUUUACACCGUAUCAUUGUUGAAGAUGCAAAAUAGGCCAACUUGAUAAAAGUAUAAAUGCUCGAACUUUCCACAUUUAGACAUACAUUUUCCUUCUGAUCCAUUAAUCAUUAUUUCAGUUUGAAGUGCCGAGUGAUGAAACAGAAAAUUACACAUAUAGUACAUAUAGUUUAUAUGUUACACUAUUGUAUUUUUAAUAAUAUAUGAAUCUGCUCGCCAAGUAAAAUUGAUUGGAUAUGUUAUACCAUAUAGUGUGUUCUCUAGCAAGACUCAUAUCAUAUUCAACUGAUUUGAAGGACUUACGAAGUCAUUGAAACAAUUGUGAAAUGUUGUAAAUAUUACUACAAUCUAUUUUCACGUUGUUUUUGUAUAUUUGUAUCUUUGUAAUUAGUAAUGAUAUAACUUUCUUUUGUCCACCACUAUUUUGAAGUAUACAUUUUGAUUCAGCUAUUUGCUUCGGAUUCAACGGUAUUUCCCGUUCGAAUAUUCCAUCUUGAUCGAGUUGUUGCUUUUCUGACUUUGCUCUAAAAAGGAACGAAAUUUCAACUUGAAAGUAGAUAUUUUAGAAAUAGAGUAGUUUGCAUUUAUUUGUUGAUGGGCAGGUUAUCGGAAUUUGAUUGAAUGACGCUCAAUGAAUUGUAUAAUAAUGUACUGUGCCUACUCCAAAUCAAUAUCAGUUAUCAAAUAAUUGUUUAUGAUGCACCCAUUGUUACAAGAGAUUCGGUUUAAUCUCCUUCAAGACUUGAAA